AUGCACAGCACCGCAUUCGCAUCGCCGGUCUGGUCGAAAAUAUACUCCAAGGAUAAGACAGGAAUUUGUUACGGCUUGUUCACGUUCGGCGCGCCCCUUUUCAAACACCAGGUCGAGUUGGGCCUCUGUCUCGGCAUCUUCGAUAAGGAGUACAAAUUCAAGCGCCCUGAUUCAGCGGCAACUGGUGGUAAGCUGCAUUGGGACCUGAGCGACAAGAGUGCCGACCAGGGACAACUACUAGAACAAAUGGACUUCCCGCUUCUAUCCGUGGCCAUGGCCUUUGACAGCUUUUAUCCGCUCGAUGCGUCUCUGGUUGAGCCGAUGAUUAAAGUCAUGCCGCUGCUCAGCGUACGCAACGAGAUUCUGCAGGAGCGUGACACGAGGGAUCCGGAAACUUGGCAGGCCACUGGCCCCAACCAGGUUCUCUUCCGCAGCUCCACGGCGACGAAGGCAGGCGAGGAAGGUCGGGGCUUCAUGAAGCUUCUCGCGUAUCACAUGAUGAGGAAGUCGGCUAGCGAGGGGUUCCGAGGGAUACAGCUUCAGUCUCUCCACGAUGCCGUCACUCACGUAUGGACCCACCCGCCAGAUCCGUUCAAAGGAGAGGUCGUGGCCAGGUUCAACUGUGUUUCGGACGAGGACGAGGAGAUCAGGCGGAAUUUUCGUGGUUCAACUCAGGAAGUCACGAAGGUCUCGCAGGAACUUCUCCGCCAUCUGGGCAUAUCGGAUGCUGUCGUGCUCACUAUUGAAAAUGUCAGCUCCUGUAAGGGCAAGGAUUGGCAUUUGAUAAUGAACAGCCCCAAUCCACUUGAUAUUGACCUCAAGGCCGGGAAAGUCGUCCUACCGGGUGAUGCCGACUACGACGAAAGCAUCAAGCGCUGGAGCGAGAGCUGCAUCAAGCCGGCAGCAGCAGUGAUCAAGCCCGCGUCCGCAGAAGAGGUCAGCAGUGCCAUUGUGUUCGCCAACAAGCACUCGCUCCCGUUCACCGUCUGCGGCGGCGGCCACUCGACGUCCGGGCAGUCGUCCAAGGGCGAGGACGGCGUGGUCAUCGACCUGUCCCUCAUACGCGAGGUCAGUGUCGACGCGCAGAAGCAGACCAUCACGUACGGCGGCGGGUGCCUGUGGUCCGAAGUCGACGAGGCGGCGGCGCAGCACGGCCUCGCCACACCGGGCGGCACCGUCAACCACACGGGUGUAGGCGGCCUGGUCCUGGGCGGCGGGUUCGGCUUCCUCAGCCCCAAGCAUGGGCUCACCAUCGACGUCCUGCUCGAGGUCGAGGUCGUACUUGCCGACGGGAGCAUCGUGACCGCCUCGGAGAAGGAGAACGCGGACCUGUUCUGGGCCCUGAGGGGAGCCGGGACAAGCUUCGGCGUCGCCACUAAAUUCACCUCACGCGCGUUCCCACAAGGUGAUGUCUGGGCCGGCGUGUUGAUAUUCAGGCCGGAUCAGCUGGCUGAGGUUGUAGAUGGCUGCAAUGCCGUGUUGGCUGCACAGGACGGCAACCAGGCCAUACUGAUGGCAUUUGGAUAUUCUCCACCCCCGGACAGAGUCCGUGUAAUCGUUGCGCAGGUGUUCCACAACGGCAGUGCCGCGGAGGGGGAGAAGAUUUACGAGCCGUUGUUGAAGGUGGGGCCUCACCUCAAUGCGGUUCAGACGGUCCCCUACAAGGUGGUGAACAGCCUCGCCAACGCUGGAGUCCCACAUGGGGGCCGCUACCAAUUCGGAGCUGCUAAUGUCACUUACCCGGUCGAUGUCGAAGUAGUGCAGUCGGCUGCUAAGGUGUGGUGGGAGGGCAUCGAGCGCUUCAGCUCGGACCCGAGCAAGGAGGACCUCCGUGGCAGCAUAAUCGGGUACGAGCUAUUCCCCAAUCACAAGGCGCGCGAGAUCCCCCCCGAGGCGACAGCCUUCGCCAACCGUGGGACAUACUUCAAUGUGGCCGUCUUGAUGAGCUGGCUCAGCCCAGACAGCGACAAAGAAGUUCGUGCAUUCAAGCAGGAGGUCGCUGCGUUGAUAAGAGCCAAGGGCUUCAAGGGUGACGAAGUCGGAGGCGAAGGUGUUGGUCAUUACAACAACUACCUGGACAGCAGCAUCAGUGCCGAAGGGGCUUUUGGGUCCAAUGCGAAGCGGUUGAAGGAACUGAAGCAGAAGUAUGACCCGGGCAAUCGUUUCGACAAGCUGUGGAAGUUGGCUUGA